AUGGACAUCCACAGAUGUCGCUUUGUCCAAUACCCCCCACAACCUAUUAAUGCCCUCGCAUUCUCACACCUCUCCGACUCGAAGAAGAGAACGCCUUCUGACCUCCGUCUGGCCCUCGGCCGCAACAAUGGUGACAUUGAAAUCUGGAACCCAUCACAUGGGCUCUGGCUACAAGAAAUCAUCCUCAAAGGGAGCAAAAACACAACAAUAGAGCAGCUUGCAUGGACGCAGGACCUGGUUGUGGACGAAGAUGAAUGGGUCAAUGGACAGAAGUACUCGAACGGACCACUACGGCUGUUCAGCACAGGCGGGUCGACCGCAAUCACCGAGUGGGAUUUGUGCACGGGAAUGCCGAGGAGGAAAGCAGAGGGAAAUUUCGGGGAUAUUUGGUGUUUCGCACCACAACCACAGAUAAAAGCCAACAAGGCGCCGGACACGCUCCUCCCCGGCGCAGGUUCACAGUUGCUUGCGGCAGGAUGCUCGGAUGGCACAAUAGUUCUCUUCUCGACUGAAGAUGACGAUCUGCGAUAUGAUCGAGUCCUAGCGCAACCGCCCGUCAAGAAGCCCAAGGUGCUCAGUUUGGCUUGGCGAGAUCGCGACACUCUUAUUGCUGGCUACGAAGACAGCACGAUCCGGGUCAUCGAUGUACCAGGCAGAAGAAUCAUUCGGAAUAUGAGCUUAGGGAAACCGGCCGAAGGAAGCAACAAUUCCGUGGUAUGGAGUGUCAAGUGUCUGCCUAAUGGGACAAUUGUCUCCGGCGAUUCCUCAGGCGAACUGAAGAUCUGGGAUUCGAAAAACUACUCCCUCGCUCAGCGGUUGAGUAGCCACAAAGCCGAUAUCCUCGACAUUGCCUUCAGUGCCUCUGGAGACACCAUCUUCUCCGUCGGCGUCGAUCGAAGAACGGUAAUCUACAAGCAAGUUCACAUUCACUCAGGCACGCAAAGAACAAGAUGGGCCGAAGUUGCCCACAAGCGCUACCACCAGCACGAUGUCAAAUGUGCCGCCAGCUUCGAGAGCAAGGAUCUGAGCAUUUUGGUGUCCGGCGGUAUGGAUACGCGUCCUGUCGUUGUCCCCAUCCGCCGAUCACAGACCGAGAACCACCGCACACUUCCGCAUCUUCCGCAGAGGUCUCAGGUCUCCGCAUCAAGUGCCUCAAGGCUGUUUAUAUCGUGGUGGGAUCGCGAAAUCGUCGUUUAUCAUGUAGCAAAGUAUCAAGAUUCCCCACGUGACGACAGCUCAGAAGGCGCCGCUGGUCCGCAUUAUCAGAAUCUUGCCAGGCUGAGCUUGCAAGGGGAUGAAAGUAUCCAACACGCUCAGAUCUCAGAGGAUGGUCAGUUCAUCGUUGCCGCUACCCUCAGCAGCGUCAAGCUGUUCCAGCUACGAAGGACCAAUGCAUCGGGAAACCCCGGCCUCCGCAGCCGCCAAAUCGACCUCCCGCCUACGAUUGUCCGUCUGGGCGCGAGACAAGUUGGGUUUUCCCCUGAUGGAAAAUGGCUGUUUGCCAUCCGAAAAGACAAUGCCGUGGCACUGGUCAAGAUCACUGCGUCUUCAGAUCCCAAGGGCCGUCCCACCAUCCACGAGAAAGUCGUCAGACUCUACCGUGGAUCCCGACCCUCAUCUUCUCCGGCACUAGGCACAUACUGCCAGAUAAUCACUCAAACCGCCUUCUCAAGCGACAGUCGGGCGCUCGCGGUAGGAGACUUAUCUGGAGCGAUCGAAGUCUGGGUCCUCGAAGGACACGAGGAUCUCAAUUUCAUCGACUCGACGGGAUCGGAUCGUUCUGCCGACUCGUCAUCUUCGGCCUCAUCAUCCACAACAUCGACAGACGAAGACGACGACGACGACGACGACGACUCCCCAGUCAUCCACGCACAGAAAUGGAUCCGCAAUCCCUCGGGCUCGUCCCUCCCACAGCUCGAUUCCGCUAUCCUGGCACUGACAUUCCGGCCAUCCUCCAUCGUCCCAACGCAUCCCAAGCACGAUAACCUCGGUCUUCAUGCCACUCGGCACAAUCCACACCCUGUGGCGCAGGAGCUGCCCUCUCCUGCCGCGAUGAAGCUUCUCGGCGUCACGGCCACGCAUCAUAUUACGGAAUUCGACGUCUUGUCCUCGACCCUUUCCGAUUGGUCGCGGCGCAACCCCUCCCAGUUCUUGCCGCCUGAAUUCACAAGAAUCAAGGACCGAGUGGUCGGUUGUUUUUGGGAUUGUGGGGACGUGCCCAACAAGGGCGCGAGGCUAUGGCUGUACGGAAGUACUUGGAUCGUCAUGCUGGAUGUGUCGAAGGACUUCCCGCAGCAUCAGCGUGGUGGCCACGAAAAGAAAAUCACGAAGGGCAACGACGUGUCAAAACGCGUCGCUGACGGUGGUGCCGAGAAAAUCGGCCGUCUGGGGCGAUACGAUGUGCUCGAGCCGGUGAUCAACGGCGCCGACGUCGGCGGGCCCGUAACGCACUCUGGGGAUGCACGGACGCAGCAGGACCACGACCGGGGCAGGAAGAGGAAACGAAAUACCGGGGCUGGUGACGAGGUCCGGCCGCAAGAGCGCGAAACUGGCCUUGGCAGAUUCGUGCGCAAAUUCAAGAAUGCGGCAGGCGAGGAUGAGGAGGUGAUUGAUCUCGACGUGGAAAACAGCCACCACACAGGAAAGGGCGAAGACGAAGAUGAAGCCGACGAUAUGGAGCUAGACGGCCCCGAUGGAGUCGACACCCUUGCGCUCAUGCGACGUGGUGACCGGGAGCACGAACAUGAGAGUAAAGAUACGAGACCGAGGACUCGACGCCCCUGGUCCCACUGGACUACGUUCGAGUAUCAUUCCAUCCUCGGCAUUUCAGUGAUAGUCCACAGAGGCGAGGUGACGUUGUCCACGAGCACGAACACAAACACAAACGCAGACGCAGACGCAAGCUCGAACAUCGAAGUCGUCAUCGUCGAACGCCCGAUCUACGAUAUCGACCAAGUCCCCCGCUUCGAUGGCGGCCAAGAGUGGGAGGUCUAA